AUGUCUAUUUAGGAUAUAUAGGUUAUAGACACUCGUCAUAAAUAAGGUGAUUCAAUAAAAUCUAAAGAUUGGGAAUAGUUAAGGAAAAAGAUAUUUUAAGAAGAUGAAUCUUUAUGGAAUGACACUUAGCUAACCUUAAAUGGGUUCGAAGAACAUAAAUUUAAUAUAAACUUAAAUGAAAAUAUGUAAAAAAAUAAUAUAAUGGAAAGUAAAAUGUAGAAAUGUUAAAUAUAAAAUGUAAAUUCAAGAAGAUUGAAAAGUUUAAACAGAUUAAGUUUUAGUAGAAGUAAAAUAAAUCAAGCUGACCUAUCAAAUAAAUAUGAAAGUUAUAAAUAAACUGACAAUAAUUUGUCCUAAAAAGAAUUCAGUUGUGCAUCAAAUUAUUGGUAGAAUACAAAUAGAAGGAAUACUAUUAAAAUUAAUACAUUAUUUAAUACUCAUCCUUAUUUUUUUAGAAACUUAUCAAUGCUUACAAAAAUAAAAUUAAAAAUGAAGCAUUUUUUAGAAAACUUUACUAAUAUAUAGAGGUCAAGACUCUUAAACAGCGAAAUGCGCUCACUUGUUAACGACUAGAGUGAUAUAUUAGAGAUAAAAGAUGAUUUUGUAAAUAAUUUGCUGAUAAAUUUUAAUAAAUGCUCUAUUUUUAAGCAUUUUUAGAUUCCUUUAUUUAAACUGUCAAGCAGAAUUGGCUUUUACACAAAAUUAAUACUAACUUUGAUAAAUAUAAUUUAUUUGCUUUUUUUAUCUAUUUUUUUUGUCUAUAAAGUAGAAGAUUAUUUUUCAAAAAUAAUAAAAACAUUUAUCAAUUUCUUUUGA